GAAAAAAUUGAAACAUUUUCGUUUUCACCGAUAGCUACCUAAAUAAUACCGACGUAACAUAGCUGUAACAGAUCAGGGUCUACCAGUGAGUUUUGUUUUUUCUGUUGUCCUCUGUUUAUUUGUCGUGCAAUGCAUUCGCUUUCACGGGACAUUCAGACAUUUUCCAAGAAUAAUCUGAGAAAACAAUGCACCCGAGUGACAACAUUAGGUGGACGGCAGAUCGUGGAAACGUCAGACGGUUCGACCGUGGAAAUAAUCGACGCACAGCCAGGGAUGGGCUGCGGUUAUGUCCAAGACAACAGUUUGGAUUUACAAAUUGGUGUUAUAAAGCCGUAUUUACUACUCGGCUCACAAGAUGCGGCCCAUGACCAUGGCACUUUAAGGACAUUUAAGGUGUCACAUAUUUUGAAUGUUGCCUAUGGGGUUGAAAACGCCUUUCCUGAUCUGUUUGUUUAUAAAACAUUGAAUAUAUUGGAUGUACCAGAAACUCUAAUCACCUCAUAUUUCCAGGAAUGUUCACAAUUUGUAGACCAAGCCAAAGCGGAGAAAGGAGUGGUGCUUGUCCACUGCAAUGCUGGGGUCUCUAGGUCUGCUUCAAUAGUCAUUGGAUAUCUAAUGUCCAAGGAUGGGCUGGAUUUUGAAGAAGCGUUUGCCACUGUGAAAAGGGCAAGGCCCUCUAUUUGUCCUAAUCCAGGCUUCCUUCUACAUUUGAAAAAUUACAAACCACAAGAAGGCAUCAGUACCCCCACCCAUACCUGAACGGAGCUGAAAGUGGCGUUUACACCACAAGACUUUAACAUGCAAUAUUUAUUCCAACUUUUAUGAAUGUGUAAACAAGAACAGUACAGUCUUUUUUAAUUAACAUACUUGUCUGUAAAAGUUCAGGAUGCUCAUGCAGUUGCUUGGGUUCCUGGGCCAAGGAUGAAGUUGGUUAAAUCUAAACACCUUUAAUUGGUUCAGGUCAGGGAACCAUAGAGUAUUUUUGUACAUUAUAUUUUAUGAGGGAAAUGAAACUUUCAAAAUCCCUGGAGCCCAUUAACUCAACCAAACUAUUUUUUUUGGUUAGCUAAUGCCUGAAUAUGUGAUUACUCUAUUUGUUAACAACUUACAUAGGAAGUGUAUACUGUACCCCCCAGUGCCAAGUCUACUCAAUGUGGAAUUUACAGUGACAUGGGAAUUCGUUUUUUGAAUCAGUUUUUUAAGACAGUUUCCCAAACUUCCUUGGUCCAGGACUCUUAACUCCAUUACUGAUUGGUCUUUUAUUCUGUAUGUUCAUGUAUGGAAAUAAAAUGCUUGUAAAUUGUGUUAACAAUGUAGUAUUUCAUUUGACUGAUUAAAGUAUUGGUGUGAAAGAGUGUUUUAUGUAAGAGUUUCCCCCCUAUAAUUUCUUGCAUCUUAACCUGAUUGUGAUUGUGGGACAGGCAACUGUAAGUUCACAUGAAAAGUAAUGGCCUUUGGGAAUUCUCCCAGGGUGCAUUGCAUAUGCACGCAUCCCCUGUGGAUCGCUGUUGGUCUGUUUUGGAGACUUGCGUGGAAAGUGCAAGAGACCAGCUUCACUGAUGCAAUAUUAUUAUGAUGAAAACAACUGUUCUGGGGAAUUAUGUGCUAUCUGAAGGGAAAGCAUUUGUUAUUGUUUUCACUGAUUAAAAUGUGAUUAACAUUUGGAACUAUG